AUCUUCAACUUGUUGACCGUCAUUAUCGGGCUGAUUGGGCUGGCUGGAAAUGCAGUUGUGCUCUGGCUCCUGGGUUUCCGCAUGCGUCGAAAUGCCUUCUCCGUCUACAUCCUCAACCUGGCCGGGGCCGACUUCCUCUUACUCUGCACCUAUGUUGUAUAUUCCUUGCUGGAACUCAUGAACAUCUUCGUUCCCAACAUCAUCUACCACAUCGUCUUCAUGACUGUGACAAUCUCCUCCUACAUUGCAGGUCUGAGCAUUCUCAGCGCCAUUAGCACCGAGCGCUGCCUGUCGGUCCUGUGCCCCAUCUGGUACCGCUGCCGCCGCCCAAGACACCUAUCAGCUGUCAUGUGUGCCCUGCUCUGGGCUCUGUCUCUGCUGAUGAACAUCUUCAUCGGGUCCCACUGUCGUUUCCUAUUUAUGAUUCAUGGCUACUAUCAAU